AUGUGUUGUGUGUUGCGUGAUUGACGUAGUACAAUGAUUGUGAUAAAUUAAAGUGGAGAAAGUACAUUAAAGACUCGAUGAUGGUCUUGGGCCAUUUAAGAUUUAGUUAUUUUUUAAAAACAAAUCAGACAUUGUGGAUAAAAGCCCCGUGCAUACCUAAGAAAGCUUCAAACGUGUUUGAAGCUUUCGAGGCCGUGUUCAUGGAACUAUGAACCUAGACUCGUUGUCUUUUACUUUGUCACAAAUAAGUUAUUUGGUUGCAACAUUAACUAAAAAAAACUACAAGCAAGUAGUUGGAGACCUAACAAAGCUCGUCACUUUGCAUGGUCUGGAGGCGGACCGUCACUUGCUCCAAUGUCUGUUUUCAUCAGUGGACUUUUCAGAGUCUACGUCUAAGAUAUCAGCCCCAACUCCGCAGCAACAAGUUUUACUAGAACAGUGUUCUAGUUUGUUAAACAAACCAUCUCUAAUAACAUCUGUUUGUUACAUUACAGACAAUCCAUUAGUUACUAACAAGACCCUGAAAGUUGGACCACAGUUCCUCCAUCAGUUGAGCAAGUGCCUUCGCCUCUCUGCUGUUCAAGAAGUUGUUUUUGCUAUUGCACUACGACAUUCAUCUAAUAGUGAGGUUGCAAAUUUGGCUCAUGCUCAUUUGAGAGCAAGUGUCCCUGCAUUAGUGCAAUCAUAUAUUGAUACUGAAGGUAGCAGUCGCCAACACGAAGGAGGACUUCACGAAACUACCCCUGAGGUUGUUCAUCUUAUAUUAUCUACUAUCUUAAAAAACCCGAAAGAAGUAGGACUUACGAACGAUAUUCAUACAACAUUUCUUAAAACUUUACAACGAGAUUUUCCAAAAGAACUUGUACCGGUAGUGCUCGCGCCAUUAGUGUACCCUGAACAGUGUGAAUUAGCUCCCGAAAUGUCAUCGGAAGGCCCCGGUUUAUCCGGGGGUAUGUUAGAAACGUCACUAGCUGACUUAGUGACUGAAAUAGGAUAUGGCUUUACGUCAUCGAUAGAAGAGUGUCGCAACAAUAUUAUGAAGCUUGGUGGUAGAGAUAUAUCUCCUGGUAUUAUAGCUCGUGUCCUUGCUGUGAUGUGCCGAACACAUAGUGGCCUUGAAGAGUCUUUAAAUAUACAAACCCCAGGUUCUUUUAACAAAGGGCCUGAUGGAAGAGCAUCUUGGAAUGUUGAAGUCUUAAUUCAAGCGCUUAAAGAAGUUGUUGCAAAUUUUCAGUGGAACAGUGUAGUCGCAGAACUAGAUCAUUCUGACUUUAUGAUAAAAGAUAGGCAGGGACUCUGCUUAUUAAUAAAUGCUCUUCGACAAGGCCUUCAAACUUUCGGUUUUCAUCCAGAAACCUUCCCUAUUGAUCAGUUUUAUAAAAGGUGGACAAAUGUUGAAGGACAGUUUAGUUUAAUACAACAUAUUUUAAAAAAUUCAGAUGUGUUCUGCUUUGCAGAUUAUUCCUGUGUUCCGGUGGCUGUUGAUGUACUAAAAACUCCACCGGAACAGGAUGGUAAGGAAUUAGCAAAUUGGCGUUCUCUAAAUCUUGUAGAGUUACUGUUGAAUUUAUCAGAGUGUGGAUUAUAUAAUCAUGUUCAAGAGUUAUUUAAAGUACCUAUACAUAGCUGCCCUGAUGUAUUGGUAUUGGCAUUGUUGCAAAUAUCAAGCCCUGUUACGUUGCUGAGACAGGAGUUACUAACCAAUUUGAUCCCUAUCUUUUUGGGAAAUCAUCCUAAUUCCGCAAUAAUAUUGCAUCACGCUUGGCAUACGCAAAGUAUAAACAUCAAACCUAUUAUUAUGCACGCUAUGGCGGAGUGGUACGUACGAGGGGAAUGUGAUCAAACAAGACUAUCUAGAAUAUUAGACGUAGCUCAAGAUCUCAAGGCAUUGUCCAUGCUGUUAAAUGCACAGUCUGCUCAAUCUUACCCUUUUAUUAUAGAUCUUGCAUGUUUAGCAUCCCGCAGAGAGUACUUAAAAUUAGAGAAGUGGUUGUCUGAUAAAAUCAGCGAACAUGGUGAAACCUUCGUCAGCGCUUGCAUAAAAUUUUUACACCGAAGAUGCCCACAGAUAAGUAAAGGGGAGGAUCCACUAACAAAAGUUGCUCCGAUACCAACAGAAACUCUUACCACGAUUGUGGUUUGUUUGCAAAGAUGUAUGAACACAGUCGGACCGGAUUGUCAAGAAGCUAUAUUGACCAUUGUUAACAACUGUACAUUAUUGUUGAAGUCGAGACAGCAGCAACCGACUAUUCUUCGAUCGAGAGCUAUCGAGGGUGCAAUUAAUCCAUCGGUGUUUGCAGGUCAGCUUUAUAAUCAUACUGGCGUUGAUCCUAUUGCCGGAUUGAGUACGAACUUGGCAAACAUAAAUUUAGCAGGACCUACUAGUUCGGCCUUUAAUAUUCAAGGAGGGCUCGGGCCUUUGGUGCAGUCUCCGGGAUCGCCGUCCCGAAUUUUAAGUGCGGGACCAUCCAAUAGUCCGUUCCCUAUAAUACCGAUGCAGCAUCAAGGUCCUGUGGGAACUGGGUCGUCACUUGUGCUCGGUGUUAAUCAAAUGAGUAAUAUAGGCAGGAUGGGGCCAAAUCCAAAUAUUGACAAAACUAGAAUUCCUGAAUAUAAUUUGUUUCCCGAUAUAUCAUCUCAUGUUUCAAAAGAAAUUGAAGACGAAGCAAAUAAUUAUUUUCAAAGGAUUUACAAUCAUCCCCCACAUCCAACUCUAUCCAUUGAUGAGGUGUUGGCAAUGUUGAAAAGGUUUCAAGAUUCUCAUAGUAAAAGAGAAAAAGAGGUAUUUAACUGUAUGUUAAGAAGCCUUUUUGAAGAAUAUAAGUUUUUUCCUCAAUAUCCGGACAAAGAAUUGCAUAUCACUGCUCAACUUUUUGGUGGUAUAAUAGAAAGAGGAAUCGUAACAUCUUAUGUAGCCCUUGGUUUAGCCUUAAGAUUUGUUCUCGAAGCUUUAAAGAAACCAGAAGGUUCAAAAAUGUAUUACUUUGGUAUUGCCGCUCUUGAUCGCUUUAAGAGUCGUCUAAAGGAUUACCAUAAAUAUUGUGAGCACGUUAGAGCUAUACAACAUUUUAGCGAUUUUCCGCAACAUCUACAGGAAUAUGUUGAGUACGGUCUUCAGAGUUUAGAACCCCCACACAAACCGGAGGGUCCCGUUCUUCCUGCCAGUUUGGCAGCGAUGUUAGCACCACCAAACACUCCUUCGUCUACAGGUUAUAAAACAAAUACAACUUCUAGUUCUGUUGCUCCAACGAAGGUAAGCACGACACCGGCCAAUACAUUAGGAAGUAGACCUUCGAUAGCCAAUGCUACCAAUAUUGACACACUUUUGGUAGCUACUGAAAAAGAAGAGAAAGCUACACCACCUCCAGAGCCUUUGCAGGACAAAACUGCCUUUAUUUUCAACAAUUUAAGUCAAUUGAAUUUAAAGCAGAAAUGUGAUGAACUUAGAGAACUUGUUUUAGAAGAAUACUACCCGUGGUUAUCUCAAUACCUUGUGAUGAAAAGAGCUUCGAUAGAAUUUAACUUUCAUGUGUUGUAUUCGAAUUUCCUAGAUACAUUGGGUGUUAACGAAGUCGUGAAAAUGGUGACAAGAGAAACCUUCAGAAACAUCAGAGUGCUUUUAAGAUCAGACAAAGCUAUUGCCAAUUUUUCUGAUAGGUCACUGUUGAAGAAUUUGGGACAUUGGUUGGGAAUGCUCACUUUAGCAAGAAACAAGCCUAUUUUACAAAUCGACCUCGAUUUGAAAUCUUUACUUGUCGAAGCUUAUCACAAGGGCCAACAAGAACUGCUCUACGUGGUGCCGUUUGUGGCCAAAGUAUUAGAAUCUUGUGCUAAAAGCAAAGUGUUUAAACCUCCAAAUCCUUGGACUAUGGCAUUGAUGAAUGUAUUAGCAGAGUUACAUUCGGAACCCGAUCUAAAAUUAACUCUUAAAUUUGAAAUUGAGGUCUUGUGCAAAAAUCUGGAUAUAGACGUAACCCAACUAAAACCCUCUGUAUAUUUAAAAGACCCGGAGCGAAUAAGAAAAAUAGAAUAUCAACUAUCACAACCAUUAAAGAAGGACCCAUUAACACAGCCUCAGGGAAAUCUCCCACCAAGCAAUUUAAAUGACCCAGAAUUGGUCAAUAUCAUCCCUGGUCAACAGACAAGUUCUCCCGUUAUACAAAAUAACAGCACCACACCGACUUCUGCUUUAUCCGCUCCACCAGAGCCACGGUACGGCUAUUCCGACAUACAGAUUGCCGGCAUGCAAGCUUUCCAAACACACACGGUCGUGUCACCAUCUAUUUUAUUAUUUCAAACACAACCGCAACUUAAAGCCCUAGUGCGCACUUCCAUCGAACGAGCCGUACAGGAAUGGAUAGCCCCCGUCGUGGACAGAUCGAUUAAAAUCGCCCUUCAAACGUGCGAACAAAUUAUUAGAAAAGAUUUUGCCCUGGAUCCAGACGAGAACAGGAUGCGUUUAGCCGCACACUACAUGGUUAGAAAUCUUACGGCUGGAAUGGCUAUGAUAACGUGUCGCGAGCAACUUCUGGCGGCGAUCAACACCCAUUUGAAACAAGCGCUCUUGACAAAUUUGGUAACACCUAGUGUUCAGCAGAAGGAGAUGAUCGAACAAGCUGCCAGCGUAAUCGCUAACGAUAACAUGGAACUUGCCUGCGCGUUUGUGCAAAAAACAGCUGUAGAGAAAGCCAUACCCGAAAUUGACAAACGAUUGAUGAGCGAGUACGAACUUAGGAAAAUGGCUCGACAAGAAGGGAGACGAUAUUGUGAUGCUAUUGCCUUAACUUAUCAAGCCGAGAGGAUGCCUGAACCAAUACGUUUGAAAGUAGGCGGGAUUUCAUCUUCGCAAAUGGCCGUUUACGAGGAAUUUGCAAGAAAUAUACCCGGCUUUCUUCCAAAUGAACGCGAUGCUACCAUAUUAAUUCAAAAACAAACGCUGACACCGAUUGAAUCGCAACCUCAUCCGAGUACGCCAUUUCCUAUUCCACCGACUACUUUAGCCACCGACGAUUUGACGCUACUUUAUGAAAAAUUAAUUGUCGAAGUCGAGCAAUUCAUUCAGCUCACCGCAGCUCAAGCACAGUAUACACACAUGAAUACGAACAUGUUAGUUAUCAGAGAUUGUCUCAUGCACAUUUUAAGAAAUAGGGACUUGACUCCUCCUCAAGCAAUUGUACAAAAGUGUGUUGAGAGCUUACAAGAAUGUUUAGUCCCCACCCUGAACGACACCGAUCCCGUACCAUUACGAUUUAAGGAUGUGAUUAUUCGAAUUCUAAAAACUAUGCAAGAUCCGAGAGUAUACGGCCAACAAUGGACGAAUAAAUUGGUAACGAGGUAUUUAACAGAUUGCCGUGAAGAACAGCAGCGAUACAAUAUUGACGCAGUAGAUAUUCUAAUCAAGUCGGGACUUGUAAAUGUUCCUCAGUACGAUAUGGCUCUCGCCCAAUGUAUGGAGAACGGUCUGAACUACAUGGGUGUUAGUUUUGCUAUGCAAUUAGUUCAGUCGUAUUUAAUUGAAGAUAGGUCUAGUCAAUUUGUAACAGAGAGUGAUUUGUGUAAUACCAUCGAAAUGUUGGCUAAAAUUCAGACUCAUACUAGGCAACCACCAGAAGGUCUUGGCAAUAUUAUUGACAUUUUACGACAGAAUCACGAAACUUCGUUCUUUGGAGAACGAGCUCCUAUUGGACCUACUGUUCAUAUACACAACGGAAUAUUGCAGGUGCGAGCCCCAAAUUACGAAGAUCCACCGGGGCUAGUUGAGAAAACCGACUUUUUGUUAAGGGAUUGGAUAAGCAUUUACAAUUCGCAACACCAAGGACGAGAUUCAACUAAAGCAUUUAGUAUGUUUGUUCAUCAAAUGAAUGUCCACGGAAUCCUCAAGACAGACGAUUUAAUAACGAGAUUUUUCCGGCUAUCAACACAGCUAUGUGUCGAGACAGUGUACAGAAUAUUGGCAGAUAAAUCAACACCAAAUGUAUCAUUGACGAGACCGAAAUGUUAUCACACCCUGGAUGCAUUCGUUAGAUUGGUAGCGUUACUAGUGAAACACUCGGGAGACGCCAAUAAUACCACAACUAAAAUUCAUUUGUUAAACAAGGUGUUGGGUAUCGUGGCGGGAUGUCUGCUGCAAGACCACGAUACUAGAGCUACGGAGUUCCAGCAACUGCCAUAUCAACGUAUCUUUACGAUGUUAUUUUUGGAACUGAAUGCACCUGAGCCGGUCCUCGAAGCCAUUAACUUUCACGUGUUGACUGCUUACUGCCAUACCUUACAUAUUCUCCGACCAUCUAAGGCGGCCGCUUUCUGUUACGCUUGGUUGGAGCUGGUUUCUCACCGAGUCUUUAUGGGGAGAAUGCUGGCCAGCGCCCCACAACAAAAAUGUUGGCCUCUCUAUGCCCAGUUGCUUAUCGAUCUGUUCAAGUAUUUGGCACCCUUCCUUAGGAACGCCGAACUGGCCAAACCCGUCACCAUGUUGUACAAAGGCACGCUCAGGGUCCUAUUAGUGCUUCUGCACGAUUUUCCAGAGUUUUUAUGCGAUUACCACUACGGGUUUUGCGACGUAAUCCCCCCGAACUGUAUACAGAUGAGGAAUUUAAUUCUCUCGGCUUUUCCCAGGAACAUGAGGCUGCCGGAUCCCUUUACGCCUAACUUGAAAGUCGACAUGCUCCCGGAGAUCUCCUACAAUCCUAGGAUCCUCACGAAUUUCUCUUUGAUGAUAACUCCGACUCAGUUUAAAAAGGAUCUAGAUUCUUACUUAAAAGCGAGGGCGCCCGUUACUUUUCUCUCCGAGCUGAGGAGUAAUUUGCAGGUCUCCAACGAGCCCGGCGUCAGGUAUAACAUACCGUUGAUGAACGCCUUAGUACUCUACGUCGGUACGCAAGCCAUCGCCUACAUAAGGAACAAGGGUCACACACCUAACAUGUCCACCAUAGCGCACAGUGCCCAUAUGGACAUUUUCCAAAAUUUGGCCGUCGACCUCGAUACCGAAGGGAGGUACCUGUUCCUAAACGCUAUCGCCAACCAGUUGAGAUACCCGAACAGUCAUACUCAUUACUUCUCUUGUACAUUGUUGUACUUAUUCGCGGAGGCGAACACCGAGGCCAUCCAGGAGCAGAUCACGAGGGUUCUGUUGGAAAGGCUGAUCGUGAAUCGACCGCAUCCCUGGGGACUACUGAUAACGUUUAUCGAAUUGAUCAAAAACCCCACGUAUAGAUUCUGGCAACACGAGUUUGUACAUUGCGCGCCGGAAAUUGAAAAGUUGUUCGAAUCAGUAGCCAGGUCUUGCAUGGUAAAAACCAGCGUACCGCCACAAGAAAGUGAAAUACAAGAGUGAUAAAACAUUUUUGUGAUUUGUAUAUAAUUUUAUGUUAUAAAUUGUGAAAAGUUUUUUAUUGAUUUUUUGUUAUUAAUUUCAAGCUUAAUUUCAUUUUGGAAGGAUGCAUUUUAUUUCUAGGAUGUAAGACGAUAGUGUAUAGAUUGUAACAUAUUAAGUAUUUUUAAGAAAUUUUCAAGUAUUUGUAACUAUUAUACAUAUUAUGUGGAUGUAAUAAAUGGUUUUCAAUGUUUUGAGCAUUAAA